AUGGCUCCUACCUCGAGGCACGCCCAAAACAUGGGGCAGAUCAUCGAGUACAUACCCGACCGGCUAUAUCUCGCCGCCUACGUCAACCCGCCCUCGUCGGACACGCUCUUCCCGACGCCCGAGACGCCCGUCUCGCCGCGGAAGCGCUCCCAGCGCGCCGCCGUCGCUGACCUGCCCACGAGCAGCCGCGUGCCUCCUUGCUACUUCACCGUCGACGACACCCUCCUCUACAAUGCCUUCCACCACGACUUUGGGCCUCUGCACAUUGGCCACCUGUACCGCUUCGCCAUCCGCUUCCACGACAUCCUCGGCGCCAAGGAGAACAAGGACCGGCCGGUCGUCUUCUGGAGCGCCGCCGACCCGAGAAGCCGCGCAAACGCUGCAUGCAUGCUCGCCUGCUACAUGGUUCUGAUCCAGAACUGGCCGCCCCAUCUCGCCCUCGCGCCCAUUGCGCAGGUCGACCCGCCGCUGAUGCCCUUCCGCGACGCCGGCUACAGCCAGGCCGACUACGGCAUCACCGUCCAGGACGUCGUCUACGGCGUCUGGAAGGCCAAGGAGGAAAAGUGCUGCGACCUUGACAACUUUGACCUCGAAAUGUACGAAAAGUUUGAGCGCGUCGAGCACGGCGACUUCAACUGGAUAACGCCGCACUUCCUUGCCUUUGCCUCCCCCCAACACACCCCUGUGGCCAAGAUCACCGAGGGCUCUGAGCUCUUCUCCUCUUUGCCCAGGGAUCUCGCAGCCGUCGACGCCCACCCGACUCUCCCCCAGCCCUUCAAGAACGUCUUGCGGCACUUCUCCGAGAAGAAUAUCGGGCUCGUGGUCCGCCUUAACUCUCCCCUCUACUCCCCCUCGUACUUUGAGGCGCUUGGCAUCCAGCAUCUCGACAUGAUCUUCGACGACGGCACGUGCCCGACGCUGACAACAGUGCGCAAGUUCAUUCGGCUGGCGCACGAGACCAUCACGGUCCGGAAGAAGGGCAUUGCCGUCCACUGCAAGGCCGGGCUGGGCCGCACGGGCUGCCUCAUCGGCGCCUACCUCAUCUACCGCCAUGGCUUCACCGCCGACGAGGUCAUCUCCUUCAUGCGCUUCAUGCGCCCCGGCAUGGUUGUCGGCCCCCAGCAGCACUGGCUGCACCUCAACCAGGGCACCUUUAGGGAGUGGUGGAUCGAGGAGCGGGUCGAGCGCAAGCUGCGCCGUGAGAUGGCCGCGUCCCAGCAGGUCCCCAGCACGCCCAUGCGCGCCAUGCAGAAGUCGGGCAUCCGCAGCAGCCAGCUGUCGACGCCGCCCAACCGCAGCCCGUCGAACCGCACGCCAUUGAGCGAGGUCGAUCACGACCGCAACAACGUGGGCGUCCACGAGGACUACCUCCCUGCGCCGACGCCAGGCCAGCCGCGUAAGACGACGCGCGCCGACCGCCAUCACCCCUACCAGCGGUCCACGUCGCAUCACACCACUGUCGAGGAGGAGACGGGCAUCGAGCACGAGACGGAGAUUGUGACGAUGCACCGUCACUCCCAGGGCGCCGAGUCGGAUGAGGAGAUCCACCUGCGGAUGCGCAGCCAUCGCAAGGCGUCGCAGUCACCGGGCCGGAGCGCCAAGGUGCGGUCCGUCAGCCAGACGACGUCGAGCAUCUACACGGUCGACAACGACUCGUCCCAGGACGCCGAGAACAUUGGGUCGAUGCGGUCCAACAAGGCGGAGCGCGUCGCCAGCACGCCGGGCGUCCUGACUAGGGUCCGCGGUAGCAAGCGUGCGGGCUCCGAGUCGCCGCUGCGGGCCAAGGACUCGGCCGGCAUCCGCAAGACGAGCGGCCGCGUCGGGAGCGCCAGCGUCGCCGCAUCCACGGCCCGGAAGGUGUCUGGGUCGUAG